CUCUCUCUCUCUCUCUCUCUCUCUCUCUCGGAGAUACGAAAAACACAGAGAAAACAAAGCUCACAGAUUUCUCUCUUCAAUGGGUUUCCCAGUGGGCUACACCGAGCUUUUGCUCCCGAAGCUCUUUCUCCACGUGCUUUGCCUUCUGGGUUUUCUCCGGAAGCUCAUCUACGGCGUGUUUCGCCACCUGGGCAUCGCCGAUUUUCUCGAACCGGACAUUGCGUGGCCCGAUACGCCGGCCCGAGACCCCGAAUUCGACUCCGUAUCGGCGGUUCUGAUCCGAGAAAUCCUCCCCGUGGUGAAGUUCUCCGACCUGGUGGACCCCCCCGAGUCCUGCGCCGUCUGUCUCUACGAGUUCGAGCCCCACCACGAGAUCCGCCGGCUCACCAACUGCCGCCACAUCUUCCACCGGGGCUGCCUCGACCGCUGGAUGGGCUACGAUCAGAAAACUUGUCCUCUCUGCCGGACACCCUUCAUUUCGGACGAUAUGCAAGGAGCUCUCAAUGAGAGGCUCUGGGCUGCUUCCGGGAUUUCUGAUUUUUACAGUGAAUAUGCAAAUUUUACUGGUUGGUAGUGAUUCUUAGUUUACCCCCCCCCCACCAAAAAAAGGAAAAAAAAAAAGGGCUAUGGGUUUUUGAGUUGGUUCAUGUGUAUAUAUACGA